AUGCCGUGCGCGCAUGGUGCCGCUGCUUGCUGCACAAUGCCGACUCGCGUGAACGAGAAACGAUGCUUUGACUGCUGGCGACCGGCGAGCUCUCCACUCCACUUACGCACCACCAACAACAGCACCUUUCGGACGCGCUUGAUGGCUGGCGGUCGUAACGCUGCCACGUGGUCUGCCUCGGCUCUUGUGUGUUGUGCACGGCAUCGGGAUCGCCCUGUGAUGCAGCCAUUUGGUAAAAAGAGCGGUGCCAGUGGUCAUGUGGCUUUUUGCCGAGAUUCCGCCACUCAGCACGGUGGCUGUACGGGGUUGUGUGGGUGGUGGGAGGGUGAUGGUGUCACUGACUUGAUUGCGUCAGCGCGGCUUUGCUUCGGCAGUUGUACUGUGAUGGGGAUGGUGUAUGACCGGAUGUUUUUGCGUGCCACUGUGUUUGUUUACUGUUUUUGCUGCCUUUAUUCUUAUUUUGACGAAGUAAUUAGAGAUACUUUUGCUUGA